GGGCGGCAGCAGCUCCCCGCGCGGUCCCGCCCGCGGCUGCGGAGUCUGGGCGGCUGCAGCGGGCUGAUGGCGGGGGCCGGGGGCGCCAGGGCCGCGCUCUCCUCCCCGGGCGGCGGUGGGGGGCCGCUGGAGCUGGGGCGGAUCCAGGAGCCCGCGGGCGGGCCCUACUCGCCGCCGCCUUCCUCCUGCUCGCGGCAGGCCUGGAGCCGGGACAACCCGGGCUUCGAGCCGGAGGAGGCGGCGGCGGCGGCGGGGCCGGUGCUGCAGAUGGAGAUGGACGUGGAGUGGGGCAGCCGCGGGGCCGGCUCCUCCCCCGGCGCCAGCAGUGCCCGGGGUCCGGCCGGGGAGCCUGACAGCGGCCGGCGGCGGCGCCGGCGGGGGAACGCGGCGUGGGCGGCUCCGUGUCCCAGCCCCGCCGGGGGGGACCCGCUGACCCCACACCUGCCCCCGGACGGGGUCCCUCCGUCCUAUCGCACCGCCUGGGCCAAAAGGCUGGCGCGCCGCUUGCGAGGUCUGUGGGGUACAAGAUUGAUGGAAGAAAACACUAGCAGAGAGAGAUACCUGAAAAGUGUUUUACGAGAACUGAUCACAUAUGUGAUUUUCCUUGUGGUCUUGUGUGUCUUGACUUAUGGGAUGGUGAGUUCCAGUAUGUACUAUUACACUAGGGUAAUGUCACAGCUCUUCCUGGAAACGCCUUUAUCGAAAAUGGAGAAAACCAAUUUCAAAACCUUAUCCACCAUGGAGGACUUCUGGAAGUUCACAGAAGGCCCUUUGCUGGAUGGUCUGUACUGGGAGAUGUGGUACAACAAUAAAACCGUGGCAGAAAACAAAAGUUUCAUUUAUUACGAAAAUCUGCUUUUGGGGGUGCCUCGUGUUCGGCAAGUGAAAGUGAGAAAUGGGUCAUGCUCAAUACCUGAGGAUUUAAAAGAUGAAAUUAAAGAAUGCUAUGACGUUUAUUCUGUUGCUAAUGAAGAUACUGCUCCUUUUGGGCUCCGGAAUGGAACAGCUUGGACUUACACCAAUGAACAAGAUUUGAAUGGGAGCAGCCACUGGGGGUUGAUUGCCUCAUACAGUGGGGCUGGUUAUUAUCAGGAUCUGUCACGAAGCAGAGAGGAGACAGCCGCACAGAUUGCUAACCUUAAGAAACACUUGUGGCUGGAUAGAGGGACCAGAGCAGCCUUUAUUGAUUUCUCUGUGUACAAUGCGAACAUCAAUCUAUUCUGUAUUGUCAGGUUAUUAGUGGAGUUUCCAGCAACUGGAGGCCUCAUUACAUCUUGGCAGUUUCAGCCAGUGAAGCUUAUCCACUACAUUUCUACUUUUGAUUUCUUCCUGGCAGCCUGCGAAAUAGCCUUUUGUCUAUUCACCCUUUAUUAUAUUGUAGAAGAGAUCUUGGAAAUUCGCAUCCAUAAACUGCAUUACUUCAGGAGUCUCUGGAAUUGUCUCGAUAUCCUCAUCAUUGUGCUAUCAGUAGCAGCUAUAGGAAUUAACAUGUAUAGAAGGUCAACAGUGGACAUGUUACUGAAGAAGCAGCUGGAAGAUCAAAACGCUUUCCCCAAUUUUGAACCUUUGGCAUACUGGCAAAUACAAUUCAACAACGUUGCUGCUGUCACUGUGUUUUUUGUCUGGAUUAAGCUCUUCAAAUUUGUCAGCUUCAACAGAACAAUGAACCAGUUAUCCACCACCAUGUCUCGCUGUGCCAAAGAUGUCAUUGGCUUUGCUAUUAUGUUUUUCAUUAUUUUCUUAGCAUAUGCUCAGCUGGCUUACCUUGUGUUUGGCACUCAAGUUGAUGACUUCAGCACUUUCCAAGAGUGUGUCUUUACUCAGUUCCGCAUCAUUUUGGGAGACUUUAACUUUACAGAGAUUGAAGAAGCUAACAGAAUUUUGGGACCAAUUUAUUUCACUACUUUUGUGUUCUUUAUGUUCUUCAUUCUUUUGAACAUGUUUUUGGCCAUUAUCAAUGAUACUUAUUCAGAGGUCAAAUCAGAUAUGGCCCAGCAGAAAGUGGAAAUGGAACUGUCCGAUCUUAUCAAAAAGGUAAAAAAGUUUUGUUACAAAUACUGACAUUGUAUUGGCCAG